CGCAUCUGAUAAACUCGCUUGACCGCCCCCUCUUCUUCUCGCCACACCAAACACACCCUAAACCUCCUCGCAAAGGAAGCAACUUUCGCCUUUCGCCCCCACAAAAUUCGCUCGAUCGGAAGCGAGCCCGUCGAGAGCAGCAAUGGCGGGGCUGUCCCUGCGGUGCGGCGACUGCGGCGUGCAGCUGAGGAGCGUGGAGGAGGCGCAGGCGCACGCCGAGGCCACCUCCCACACCAACUUCGCCGAGUCCACCGAGGCCGUCCUCAACCUCGUCUGCGCCGACUGCGGCAAGCCAUGCCGCUCCCAGACCGAGGUGGACCUGCACAAGAAGCGCACGGGCCACGCCGAGUUCACGGACAAGACCAUGGAGGCGGCCAAGCCCAUCGAUCUCGAGGCGCCGCCGAAGCCGGCCGCGGAGGCCAUGGAUGUCGACGCGUCGGGGAGUGCGGAGCCGCAAGAGUUGGUGGCGCCGGAGGUGAACAAGGAGAUGCUUGGGGAACUCGAAUCGAUGGGCUUUUCGACUGCGCGUGCCACUAGGGCACUUCACUUCUCCGGUAAUAGCACCAUUGAAGGCGCCAUUAACUGGCUCUCUGAGCAUCAGGAGGAUCCGGAUAUUGAUGAAAUGCCUAUGGUGCCGGCCAAUUCCGAGGCUAACAAACCCUCUCUAACUGCGGAGGAGAAGAAGAUUAAAGCACAAGAGCUAAGGGAGCGUGCUCGUAAAAAGAAAGAAGAAGAAGAGAGAAGGAUGGAGAGAGAAAAGGAAAAGGAGAGGAUAAGGAUUGGUAAGGAGCUUCUUGAAGCCAAGAAGAUGGAGGAGUUAAAUGAAAGGAAACGCAUCAUAGAAUUGAGAAGGCUUGAGAAAGAGGAGGAGAAGAGAGCCAGAGAAAAGAUUCGCCAGAAACUGGAAGAGGACAAGGCUGAACGUAGAAGGAAACUUGGAUUGCCGGCAGAAGCCCCAGCUGCAUCCAAGCCAAGCGCACCACCGCCUGUUGAAGAGAAGAAGAGUGCAUUUUUACCUGUCAGACCAGCCACAAAGGCAGAGCGGAUGAGGGAUUGCUUACGAAAUAUUAAGCAGCAGAACAAGGAGGAGGAUGCUAAAGUAAAGAGGGCUUUCCAAACACUCCUUACCUACAUCGGAAACGUGGUUAAAAACCCCGACGAGGAGAAAUUCAGAAAGAUCAGACUUACCAAUGCUACAUUCCAGGAGAGAGUUGGGAGCCUUGGAGGCAUAGAGUUUCUUGAGCUGUGCGGGUUCGAGAAACCGGAAGGUGAAGAGAUCUUGUUUCUGGCGAGGGACAAGGUUGACAAGGCCGUCCUGAAUGUAGCUGGAGCCGAGCUCAACUCGGCCAUCACCAAUCCUUUCUUCGGAGUCCUCUAAAACUGAGAAAUUCCCGUUGUAACCCCUUUGAAAAUACGUCGUCUGAAUCGGGAAUGUGUGACGAACAGUUGUCGAAUUAAACUGUAAAAUAGUGCAACCUUGCUUAUGAGAAAUACCAGACUACACAGGAAAAAUUUCACACA